CCUUAUUAAGAAGAUAUCCCGAAACAAGAUUCUUCCUUAUCUCUAGCGUGUGUAACACGUCUUUGAACACCAUCUUCUUUCCAGAGGUGAAGUUCAGCUCCACUUCACCAGAACCAGCAGUCAUAGUGGUGUGGCGGUCCCCAGCAGCACUUUUUUGUCAGCAGGUGCUUCUGUGUGUCUUAAACAUAGCACAAUUGUUGCAUACAUGCUUCGAUGCACCUGUAUCCAGCCAUCAUCCUUCUGAGUCACCGGUGAGGUUGACUUCAGCGAUCAUAUCCGUGAUCAUGGCUACCAAGUCCUCUUCUGUCAAGUUAACCCUUGCUGCAGCAGCAGGGUUAGUCUUGUUCCUUCACUUUCGUGCCAUAUGACCUGGUUUCUCGCAGUUAAAGCAACGAAACGGAGUGUCAUUCUGAGAGGACUGGACCAUAACCCUUUGGUUUCCCCGAGGGACACCAUUCUGGUUGGGGCGGAGCUUCUGGUUCUGACCCUUGAAACCUUUUUGGGUAGGUUUCAGAGCUCUAGGGGUGGGUCAUUGACGACCAUCACCUCUUCUUUCAUAUCCUGCUUGUGGGAUCUUCCUCAAUCCUUAGGUGAGUAAUCAAGCUUUCCAGUGAAAAUUCUUUAGUUUUAUGUCUAAACAUAUUCUUAAAAUCUUUCCACAGAGGGGGAAACUUAUCAAUAAUGCAAGCAACUUGAAACUGAUCGUCCAAAGACAUACUUUCAGAAAACGAUCUCAUAAGCAAUUUUCUGAAGUUCAUGUGAUUGAACCUCGAUAGAUUUGUCCUCCAUCAUUUGAUAGCGCAAGUAGAGGCUAACAACAUACUUCUUAGCUCCAGCCUCCUCCGUGUCGUACUUCUUUUGGAGCGCAUCCCAGACCAUCAUCAUUGCGGUUUUGCUCUUGUUCGCAUAGUAGUCAUAGAGAUCGUGUGCCAGGCCGUUGAGGAUUUAGUUCUUGCACAGAAAGUCAUGCUCCCUUACUUAGCAGAAGCAGCCAUCUCUCAUCGCUCGCUUCUUCAGGCAUCUCGACGGGCGUGCUGGUGAGGCAGUGUGCCAACUUCUUGGUCGUGAGGUAGAACUCCAUCUUUUGUCUCCAGCGAGGGAAGUUGACCCCCAUGAAGCGGAAGGGUCGAUUGAUAUCGACAGCACCAGAUCCAGGCAUGUUUUUAUGUUUAGUUGAUAUAGCAGCAGUCGAACGUCUUAAAAUUGUUAAGCACUGAACGACAACAAGGAACGGGGUUACCGAAUCUGGAGCUGAGUCACGAACUAGGUCGCUCUCUUUAAGACUUUCGCGGCACUGCCUUCGUUGCGCACGACAGAAUAUCAACCAGUCGUCUCCAGGAUAAAACAACUCCUCUUGUGCUCGGCGAUUUUGUGCAAAAACCGGGGCUCUCUAAACAGUCUCUCUAUUGUGUUUCUGCUCGUUUGUGGUUCGUAUCUGUUAAGGAUACACGAUAAUUAUUAAAUAAUUAAUUUUAGAAUUUCUCUAAAAUAUAUUAGUCUCAAUGAAGACCACCCACCCAUCCAGCCGACCGGUCGGUCGGACGGCGCACGCGUGUGGUGGUCCGUUAGGUCCUCCUUCUCUCACAAAAGUGGGUCACCCCAAAAGGCAUGCCUCGACACCUAUCUUUAUACACACUUAACUAGUGUAAAACAACAAAUGUGGUAGUUUUUCUCAUUGAGACUUAUAACUUUCAAAAGCUAUUCAUUUCCUUUCAUUUCCAACAGGAUCCUUCCGCCCGCCCGACAUCGCGUCAGGACUAGGAGAAGUACAAGCUAUACGAGCAAUGCAUAAACGCGCCGAUGCCAGUUCGGUACCUGAAGCCCAAGGACAUGAAGCGAGAGGCCGAGUGGAAGAAGUUAGGGUUGGAGAGCAAAGAUCGGAAGCUAGAGAAGGACAUACUGAAGAAAGGAAGGAGGCAAGCCACAGGUGUUUCCGAUGAGCCGCUGAUGAUGGGAACUCCGGGAUUCGACCUGAUCUCGCUUGAACUGGUGGAUGCCGAUAAGAUUCCCAAGUACCACCUGACCGUGGAGGAUGGGAGGCGGCUGGCGAAGGAAUACAGUAGGGUUUUGAUGAGGAAGCACAAGACGAGGCAGGCGGCUGAGACGAAUCUGCUGACGAUGAAGAAUGAGGCGAUCCAAGCGUUGUCCGAGGAGUUGAAGCAGGCUGCUCUAGAGCCAGACCUGACGCCGUUUCCCAAAGAGAUAUUCAUGGCGACAUUGACAUCUCCUAUUGAGGGUUAUAUUAACAAGGUGAAGGAGGCUGCAAUGAGGAGUUCUGGUGCUCAGAAGAUUAGAUAGAGGUUGCUUUCUCCCCAAGGUAUGGCAUAGUAUCUUUUCCCCAUUCCUUUUCCUCUUUUGUUGCCUGUGCUUUUUUCUAGUCAUGAGAUUCGACCUUGUAGUUUACACUGACUAGUCAGAUUGUGGCAUUAAUGAGGCCUCUUUCUUUAGUACUUAGAGAGCUACAGAGAACAUCACUUGUAAUAACAUUCCAUGUUCAGCUUGGCUUAGGAUCGAUGCUCUCUAAUUUUGCAGUGUGGUUAACUGCGGGAUGAAUGAUAAAGAACAGGGUUAUUAGAUUGCAAUUUUGUGAACCGAAUCGAGCACUGGUUUUGCGUUCUUUGGUUCAUAGUCUUUGAUAUCCCAUAAAACUGCAGUUGGUGUAGUGCAAUUAUUCAGAAACGCACUCGGGAAAGAUUAAGGUUUAUUAGACUUUUCAUUUUUUGCAAGUUUAGAUGAUUAACUUCAUCAGCAAUGCUCGUGUUAGUUCUUACCGUCUGUUAUCUAAGGAUCAACUCCUUCGACUGGCCUACAGCAGUACAACAAGAGGUGAACAUUAUGACGACUCUAUAUCGGUGCAAUGAUGAGUGAUAGCUCAAGCCUGGAUCAUCUUGGUUCAUUCCAUGAUGGGAGCGUUUUAGUGAGAAGAACAAUGCAAUUAUGGGUGUUCAAGUCUCGGAAAACCAAAAAUGGAGCACUGGAUUUUGGGUGGGGCUUUGUAUUGCUUGUAUACACCCACCAAGUCGGAAGAUGAAAUGCACAUCUGGGGUUGGUUAUUGGUGUUUCUAGUGUCAGUCUGUUGGCUGGAAUAUCUAAGUUUAUUUUUUCAAAAUUGCCCUUUUUGUUUGAGGGAUCUUAACAAAAAAAAAUGUAUGUAUCAACAAUAUCAUUAUAUAGUCAAUCUUAAAAAAUAGAGUUAAAAUAUAUUUAAUUAUUAAACAAAAUAGUUAUUAUAAAAUUAAAUAUAUUCUAUAAAGUAUGAAUAUAAAACUUAAUAUUUUUAUCAUAAAUUAUACCAUGAGCAAUGAAUCAAAAUCAAAAUAUAUUUAUACGUACAUUGCAGUAUAUCGACUGAAUAUCGUUAACCAUAUACGUUAAAUUAAAAAAAUAACUUUUUCAAAAUACACCUAGUCUCUGAGCCCUAAUAUAAUAUUAUUCAUAUACUACUAGUUUCUAUUAUUUGCAUAUGUACCUUCAAGGCUUCAACCACCUUGUGCUUUAUCAUUGGAGCAAGUUCAUUACUUUUGAAUGAGCUCCCUUUUGAUACAUAAAACUACAUUACCAAUUCGAGCACUUCUACUAUGUUAUAUAGUAUUGGUGCUUUAAUGUACAACUUAAAAUUGUACCAUAACAUUAAAUGUAUAAGUUUAGG